AAAAGAGAGCCUGUAGGGCAAAAAUAGAUAAUCUCCCUCUUCUCUUUGACAGAUCUUCAACAACCAUGGUCAAGUUCAUCAAGGCUGGUAAAGUUGUAGUUAUUUUACAAGGUCGUUAUGCCGGUAAAAAGGCCGUUGUCGUCCGUAACCAUGACGAAGGAACCAAGGAUAGACCUUACGGUUAUGCCGUCGUUGCUGGUGUCGAGCGUUCUCCCCUCAAGGUCACCAAGGCCAUGGGUAAGAAGAAGACUGCCAAGCGCUCCAAGGUUAAGCCUUUCGUCAAGAUUGUUAACUACAACCACAUGAUGCCCACUCGUUACGGUUUGGAAUUAGAACAAAUCAAGGGUACCGUCUCUGCUGAGACUUUCAAGGAACCCACUCAACGUGAAGAUUCCAAGAAGGUUAUCAAGAAGCUCUUCGAAGAACGUUACCAAACCGGUAAGAACAAGUGGUUCUUCAGCAAGCUCAGAUUCUAAGUUUUCUACCCCACAUCUGUCAAUUUUUUUUAAAUUAAAAAAUUCUCAACCUUUUUUUUUGUUUGUUCUCCAAUAAAUAUUAAAUCUCUUCCAUUAAAAAAA